AUGGCUCACAAACACCAAAGUUUAUUAAAAGCUUUUGAACAUCUCGUAUCAACUAGACCAAAAGAAAAAGUUCUUUUGGCCCCAAACGGUGCAGAGUAUAAAGAAUUCAACUUUCGAGACUUGGACCUUAUUAUCAAUAAAUAUGCUAACUAUUGGAGUAAACAAUUGAAGAAUGAAACCUUGAAGAAAAACAAUGUGAUCGGCUACUUAUCACAAAGUGGUCCUGAAUACUUAUAUAACUUCAUGGCUUUAUGGAAAUUGGGCUUUACAGUUUUAUUCCUUAGUCCUAAAAAUUCCGAACCUGCAUUGAUUCAUUUACUUCAAGAAGCUAAAUCAAGUAUUCUCAUUUACGAUUCUCAAUUUUCAAAAAUCUCUAAUAAUGUGCAAAAUGAAUUAGGUUCUCAACAUUUGCAAAUGCUUAAAAUUUUUCAACUUCCUAACAAUUUAAAGAAUGAAAAUAUUGAUUAUUCAGCUCCUGUUCUGAAACUAGAUGAUAAUUCUUAUGAGAAAACUAUUGCCAUUUUUCACAAUAAAGCUGAUGAUAUUAUCUUAGCAACCCCUCCAUUAUUUCAUAUUUUUGGAAUGACUGUCAUUUUAACUACUAUUCUCAAUCCUGGUUCUGUAUAUGUAUUUCCAAUCGUCUCAGGAUCAGUUCCUUUAGUAAAUGAAAUUUUACAUAGUUUAAACCAAUCUAAGGCUAAUGUUUUUUAUACCUUACCCGCUACUAUUGAACAAGUUUAUAAAAAUCGCCCAGAAGAAAUUAAAACUUUAUUAAAAUUAAGAUCUAUCAAUUAUGCUGGAGCUGCAUUGUCACCUCAAAUAGGUGAACGACUUGUUCAAUCCGGCGUCAAUAUCCAUUCUGUUUAUGGUUCGACUGAAACAGGAGUCAUUAUGGAUUCACGUAUAGUUAAUAAAUCUUUUUUACCUAAUAUCCCAUGGAAUGCAAUGAAAUUGGCAAUACCGGAAAGUUAUGUAAAAUGGAUAGAAAAGAAUGAUUUUAUCGAUGGAAAUACUGAAGAUGGUGAUUAUAAAGUAGGGGAUCUCUUUCUUGAAACUCCAAAAGAAACAAUUCAUCUUAAUCAAUUUGUUAGACAAGUAGUAGUCGUUGGAUUUAAUAGACCAUUCAAUUGUCUUUUGAUAAAACUUGAUUAUGAAAAUAUCAAAAUGACUCCUUUCUUAGAUGCCACCAAAAUAAAUGCAAAUAUUGUCUCAAAUAAUAAAUCAUCUUCCAAUAAUCAAUGGAACGAAGAUUCUAUAAAAUCUAUUAUAUUAGAUUCCCUUAAAUUAGCCAUUGGAGAUCCAUUUUCACUAACUGAUGAUGGUGAAACCUCAUUAUUUGCUAUUGGUCUAGAUUCUUUAUCUGCAACUAAAUUACGAGUUAUUCUUCAAAACCAAUUUCCAGUUAUCAACCUUCCCUAUGAUGUGAUUUUUGAAUAUAAUAUUUUCCAAAGUCUUACACAUUAUUUGACAAAAGAAUUGUCAAAAAAUAUCAGCUCUCCACAAAGUCAAAAUAUUGAUGACUACGAAACAAAAUUACAUGCUCUUAAAAGCGAAGUGAACUCCUAUAUUCAAAAGUACACGGUUCUUAUGACAGGAGUUACUGGAUCUCUUGGCUCUUUUAUACUCCGUAAUUUAUUAAACAAUCCAAAUGUGCUUAAAGUUUACUGUUUGGUGAGAGCUUCAGAUAAAAAUCAUGGAUGGUCUCGAUUAAAAGAUUCAUUUGAACAACGCCAUUUAGAUACUUCAUUAUUAUCUAAAGAACGUAUUAUUAUUUUACCAAGUGAUUUGGAUUUUAAUAGUAAAAUUGAAGCUUUUGAGCGUGAAAGUAUUGCUGGAACUGUUCAUCUUCUUAGGCUCGCUCGUGAAGCAUAUACUCAUCAUCAAAAUGUUCAUUUUAAUUUUACAUCAAGUGUCAGCACAACUAUUGGAUCAAAAACUAAUGUUAAAGAAGAUGAAUUAACUCAUGAUAUUACAAAUGCAAUGCUUAAUGGAUACGGUUUAUCAGAAUUCAUUACUGAAAAUGUAUUUACAGGAGUUUGGAAUACCAGAGAACAUAUUCCACUUAUGAUAAAAGGUGCACAAAUUAUGAAAAUUAUGCCGGAUUCAUAUUCCUCAAAUGUUGACUGGAUUCCUCUUGAUAUCGCAUCACAAAAUGGUGAUUAUAUUCGAGUUAAUCAUAUAGUUAAUCCGAAACAAGUCACAUGGAACGAAUUCUUAAAAUCUUUACAACAAAGUGGAAUAGAUUUUAGGAUUGUUUCGAAUAAAGAAUGGUUGAAUACAUUAUUAAAUACUCCCGAAUAUCAGAAUGUGGAUAAAAAUCCAGUAGCCGCAUUAUCAGGAUUCUUUGAAAAGGUUAUGAGCGAAUCAUUGGAUAAUAGUGAAAGACACGAACCCUUAUUUGAAACACAUAAAUCAUCAAAUCAUUCCUAA